UAUUUUGGCCAGCAGGGGUCGUAGAUUUCUUCUUUUCCCUCCAUCCUCCAGCUUGCCCUCCCGGCUGACUGACUGCCCAGCAAGAAAUGUUGGCAAAACACCCCCUCCUCAUCGUGUAGAGGGAAAAAUGGCGGACAAGCGCUAAAUCCCACAUCAGAAACAAAUAUAUACGUUACAAAGCAAGGUAAACAUCCUCGGGUACGCCGAGCGACGUCUCCGUUUAGGCCACGGCUCCAUCGCUUGAGCCCACAUUAACAGUAGCUUAGCUGCAGUGUGCUGGUAUGCUCCCGGUUUUGCUAAUGCUAAUAUUUAUAAUCAGGUCAACGAGCUAGCGAGCCACUUAGCAUGCUAAAAUAGCAUCCCGAGCGGUGGGCAUGUCUCUGUGUAGCCGUGCGUAGCAUAUAGCAUGCAUGCUGGAUGUGGUGCCUAAGCGGCUGCAUGCAUGUUUGCUAUUCAUUCAUGUAUUUCUAUCUGAUUUAUAUCUUGGAGGUUACCGCUAAUCUACUCCUAAAUAACAUUAUUAGGGCUGCUGUCAGGUAAAUGAGCAACUGGCACAAGAGGAAAGGGGAAAGGGGGGGGGGGGGGUCCCAUGUUUUGGCUUUGUGUUUUGAAUGGAGCUCUCAAUAAAUUUUGAUAAUGCAAGACGCGAUAUUUUGGCUGUGAACGGAAACAAAGCGUCUCGUGUAGAUGCCAGGUGAAGUGUGAGAGGCUGCACGUUGAGUUUGCAGCACUUAGUGGGGUUUGCAACAGGAGGAAAAGGUGUACCUGCUGGGCUCUGUUAAUAAUCCCUGUCAUUCCUGUCACUUCUCUACCAGACGGGGGGGAAAAAAACAGGGAGCGGGGUCGCUUUAAUUUGGACGCCAUCCCCCUUGGCGGAAGAAAAAGGCGCACUUCUAUUGAAAAGAAAAUCAUCCGGAGGGGAGAAACGCUGCUAAACGGUUAUGAAGUUUUAAGAGUGGAGGCCACUGUUGUGUCGUGAGCUUGGUCAGUAUUGUUGGAGCAUGAGGAAGCCUGUGCCGCAGAAAGCUAUAGAGUGGAAAGAUGCCAGAAGGAUCAAGCAUGCCCGGAGUGGACGACCCUCACGGGUGCCCUCACAGUACCAAGGGCAUUUCAGUUGGGAGAAAUACCUGAAAGAGACGGGUGCCAACGCUGCACCUGCUUCCUGCUUCAGACAGAGCCUCACACCUCCAGUUAAUGAGUUCAAGGCGGGCAUGAAGCUGGAGGCCCAGGAUCCACGAAACACCACGUCCACCUGCAUCGCAACAGUGGUUGGCUUGACAGGCUCACGGCUGCGCCUACGCUUAGAUGGGUCUGACAACAAGAAUGACUUCUGGCGCUUGGUGGACUCCUCAGAGAUCCAGCCUAUUGGCAACUGUGAGAAGAAUGGAGGCAUGCUGCAGCCACCACUCGGUUUUCGUCUCAAUGCGUCCUCUUGGCCCAUGUUCCUUUUGAAAACACUUAAUGGAGCUGAGAUGGCACCGUCUCGCAUAUUUCACAAGCAGGAGCCUCCAGCCCCAGAGCAAAAUUCCUUCCAGAUGGGCAUGAAGCUGGAAGCGGUGGACCGUAAAAAUCCACACUUUAUCUGCCCGGCCACAGUGGGUGCACUGCGUGGAGUCGAGGUGCUGGUCACCUUUGAUGGCUGGAGAGGAGCUUUUGACUACUACUGCCGCUAUGACUCGCGUGACAUCUUCCCUGUUGGCUGGUGCGCCCUCACUGGAGACAACCUGCAGCCGCCUGGUACCAAAGUAGUGUUGCCUAAGAGCCUUGGAGCAUUGACAGACGGUAGUGUGGAGAGCCCAGCCAUGCACCCUGCCCCCACGGUGGGCAGGCCUCCGGUUCAGAGAGGACGUAAGCCCGGCCGCAGGAAAACCAAGGUGACGGGGCCCUGGAGUCAGAAGGGAUCAGCGUUGGGACCACAGAGCAUCAAGCCAGGCAUAGCUCUGGAGCCCAUCAAGAUUCCCAAGAAACGUGGGCCCAAACCUGGCAGUAAGCUGGGCUGGGCAAAGAGAACAGGCUGGCUGGAAGAAGCCAUGGCUGGCCCAGGACGGCCAGUGACAGGCCCAGGGCGACCCAGAGGCAGACUGCCUGCCAACUGGGCACAGAGGAUAGCUCUGCAGCAGGCCCAGACUCAGGCAGAACCUAUCAAGAUCCCAAAGAAAAGAGGGCCCAAGCCUGGCAGCAAGAGAAAACCACGCGUGGUACCUAAUCCCGUCCCCACGUCUCCCACCAGCAGCACCCCAGAGCCCGACACCAGCACUGUGCCUCUGGACAACGCCACCAUCCCAAACUCAGCACUACAGGCUCCCACAGUUUGUGUGUACCUAAACAAGUACGGCAAGGUGGGGCCCCAUUUGGACCAACGGCGAAUCCAGCAGCUCCCGGACCACUUUGGGCCAGGCCGGGCUUCUUCGGUGCUUCAGCAGUGCGUCCAGGCGUGUGUGGACUCUGCCCACAACCAGGCCACAGUCUUCUCCUGCCUCAAGUCUGGCCAAGGCGGUGAAGUCAUUUCAGCUUACUUUGACCAGCAGCAUCACACCUUGACCCUGCCCACAGUCAGCAGUGUCACCUACGUCCUCCGCUUCCUGGAAAAACUCUGCCACAACCUUCACUGCGAUCCUCUGUUUGGCAGCCAGCCUGUCGCCAGAGGUGGCGUGCACUACGACAGUCACACAUACACUACAGAUAGAAGAAGUUUUGGAGAUAAUCUGACGACAGGCCCGGGCCGAGGCACUAAGCGGUUCCUCCAGGAGUCCUAUAACAGUCCCCUGCCUCAGAAACUGGCCAAAAUCCCCCGACACUCCAACGAUGGAGAGUCCUUCAUGGAGAACAACGUUGCUGCAUCAGAGCACUUAAAGAAGAGUCCUCUAUCCCCAAACUGCACAGGCCAAACAGCUGGGCUAAGGUCUCCCUCCAAGCUGCUGCAUCAUAACAACUCCACAGGCUCGGGCAGUUUUCGGGAGAGCCCCAGGCCCAGUGGUCAGGACCCCAACCUGUGGACAGUAGAGGAUGUCAUGCAGUAUAUCAGAGACAUCGACCCAGUGCUGGCACCACAUGCUGACCUUUUCAGAAAACAUGAGAUUGACGGGAAAGCACUCCUCUUGCUGCGUAGCGACAUGAUGAUGAAAUACAUGGGCUUGAAGCUCGGUCCAGCCCUUAAACUCACCUUUCACAUCGACAAGCUCAAACGGGCCUGAGGCGGUCAGCUGACCAGUCACAACCUUACAAAGGACUAAACUCCAACCCCCGCCUCCCUGUUCUAGGAUCAGUAUACAAUGCACUGCAUAUUGAACAUAUACUGACCAUUACAUGUAGCAACUUCCAUCAAAUCACCAUAUCUGGUAUUACAUACCCCUGUCCAGACCUCAUCCAAUGAGGAAUGUUUAUUUUGUGUAGCACAAUCCAGCCUUAAGGCAGCAUGGGAUACGUAGGAUCACCCACUUGUCCGUCAUCUGUUUUGCAUUUCAGUAUAACUUGAAGAGUCAUAUGUGGCCAUUUCAACUGUAAAAGGCUUUUUUGGCCUGCUUUUAUUAUGUUACAUUUAUUCUGUACAUUUCAUAUUUUGUACUUCAUGAAUAUAUGGACUUGUAUUUUUGCCUUUUUGAACGGUUUGUGUCAGAUAUGCUAAAAGAAAGAAAACCCUAAAAGAGUAAAGGAGAUCACUACAUUCAUUCCAACAGUUGGGAAUGCUUCUAAUAAACGUCUCAGUUUGAGGCAGGAUUUUGAAACUGCGAGAAUAUUGAUUAUGGGGGGAAAAUGUCAUGUUUUAUGAAAGGAAAACAAAACAUUUAUUCUUAAAAUACUGCCAUGAGGAAAUCAGUUUUUUUCUCUUAUUCUGAAUGUUGUUUACAAUGCCUUGUCUUGUCUUUGUUAUUUGUACUUUUUUAAUUUUUUAUACUAUAUUAUUAGAGUUCCUACAUGGAGAGCCCUAUCAUACUUAACAUUGUUCAAUAAAUAUAUAAUAAUUAAA